AUGGACCUGCCCGCCGUAGAGCCAAAGGGAAAUGCUGCAGCGCCAGAAGAAAAUGGGACUCGAAGAGCUGGCGGGGGUCGCCGCAUGAGGGUCGCUUCUGUCAUUCCUCCUCCAAAAGACGAGAGCGAGAGUGCGCCGGUGGCGCCUCUGGUGCGGGUAAUCCGCGUGGGCAAGACUAAACCCUUGGUGACAGAAUUGGUGUUUGAAGAUGCUGCUGCUGCUGCUGCUGCUGAUGUUGAUGCUGCAUUUGUGAGGGAGAAAAAGCCAUCCAAGGAUAUGGCUGUGCAGACAAAUGCAGCAGAAAACAAACCAGAAGACACGAAAAAACCAAGCAAAGCUGCUCCGCGCAGCAGCAGCAGCAGCAGCAGCUGCAGCAGCGGCAGCGGCUGCAGCAGAGGCGACGGAAUCUGGGACUCGAGCGCUUCUGUUUCCUCGCAUUCCUUCAGCUCGAGCACAGACUUUUCUGAAGCAGAGCCAGGGUCACCUGCUGCAGCAGCAGCAGAAAGCGGCAGCAGCAGCAGCAGCAGCAGCGAGUCUCCCGACCCGCAGCAGCAAGAAAUAGAUAGCUGGCAGCAAGCCCUUGACAGCUACACCCAAACUUACCACCAGCCCCUUGCUGAUGUGCUGCAGGGGCUGCCGCAGCGCUACCUGCCGCCGCUAGAUCCUGCUGCUGUUGCUGCUGCUGCUGCUGCUGCUGGGGGCGUCGACGUUCUGGACGCCCUGGGGCGCGGCCGCGGCGCAGCAGCGCGGCUGCAGCAGCAGCUAGCAGCAAACCCUUAUUUGUUUCUGCUGCAGGGAGACAGCAGCACGGGGAUGUCAGCAGCAGCAAAUAAGGAAGGAUGCAUUCCUUCUCUGUCGCUGCCUGCCUUGGGAGGCCCCGCAGCAGCAGCAGCAGCAGCAGAUACGGGAGAACUUUUUGCUGCUGAUAAAAUCAUUGAGGCCACCAUGGUGCAGCUAUUUGGGCCAAACUAUAAAAAUUAUAUGACUGGAGAAGAUGCAGCAACACCGGUGCUAGACUUAUCAGACGAUGCUGCUGCUGCUGCUGCUGCUGCUGCUGCAGCAGCAGGGGAUCCAGAGUUUCAGCAGCAGAUGUACUGGACCUACCUCAUGCAGAUGCAGCAGCUGCAGCAACAGCAGCUGCAGCAGGCGCAACAACAGCAGCUGCAGCAAGUGCAGCAACAGCAGCUGCAGCAAAUGCAGCAGCAGCAGCAGCAGCGAGAGAGCAAAGGAGAAGUCAGCGACAGCGCACACUCCUCAGCAGGCUCCUCAGGCAGCAGCAGCAGCGACAGUGAUAACAGCAGCGGCGACAGUGCAAGCAGCAGCAGCAGCAGCAGCAGCAGCAGGUGGCGGAGGCAGCAGCAGCAGCUGCUGCCGGUGCUAGGGACUGUCGGCAGGCGGCAGCAUCUGCCCUUGACGAGGGGCGGCAGCAGAACUCAAAAGGCCCGCUGCAGGGACCCAGCGGACACGUAUUCAUCACUGGAUGAAGAGGACGAGCGUUUGCUGCUGCAGUCGUCUGAUUUGCUGCAUCGGGCUGGCGAAGGAGGCCCUAUGGGCCCCAGCAGCAGCGGCAGCAGCAGCAGCAGCAGCAGCAGGACGCGCAGCAGACGCAGCAGUAGACCCCUCAGGGGCAGGCGGGCCGCCCCCGCCAGACUCUUUGCUGGGAGAUCUGCCAGGCGUUUGUCUGCUUUAGAAGUAAAUAGAAGACUGGGGCUAAGAGCCUUGCCUGCUGCUGCUGCUGCUGCUGCUGCUGAGUACGGGGAUUUCGACGAGGUGCUGCGGCCAGCAGCAACUGCAGCAGAAGCAGCAGCAGCAGAGCAGCAGCUGCGGCGGCGGCGCAACCGGCUGGACCGGCAAAUAGGGAAGCUGCUGCAGUGUGCGCAGCAGGAAGAAGCAGACCAGCAGCAGCAGCAGCAGCAGCAGCCGCAGCAGCAGCAGCAGCAGCGAGUGAAGGCGCAGCUGGCCACUAUGCUGGGAACCCGGAAGGCCCUAGCGCAUGCACUUUCUUUAAAGUCCAAAUUAGCAGCAGCAGAUAAAAUUUUAAAUUUGAAAAGAACUGCUGGUUUCCUGACGGCUCUGCAUCGGGAGAGCCUUUCCCCGCGGACGCUGCAGCAGCUCCAGCAGGAGCUGCAGCAGCAGCAGCAGCAGCAAGAAGGGGGAUUCCCCAAAAGCACUUACGCCCGGGUCCCGAGCCCAUCAGCAGACAUCAGAGACAAUUCUGCAGCAGCAAGUGUCCUUGAGCCCUUGGUGCAUCUUAGCGCAGGCGGGGCCUCAAGGCUAAGGGCUGCCUCACCGAACUUCGGACAUCCAGAGGAGAGCAGCAGCGGCAGCGAAGAGGCAGCAAAAGAGUUCCCAGAGGCAGCAGCAGGAGCAGCAGCAGCAGCAGCAGAGGCAGCAGCAGCAGCGUCACCAGAUACAGUAGCAGAGGCAGCAGCAGCAGCAAUAGCUGAAGAAACAGCAGCAGCUAUUCCAGGAAGCGGCAUCUGGCCGGACCUGCAGCAGCUGUCUCGCAGUUUGGGGAUUUCUCUCCCGGCAGGCACGGGGAAGUCAGCAGCAGCAGCAGCAGCAGCAACAGCAGCAGCAGAAAGCAUUGCUGAGGCGCUGCAGGAGCUGCACAUACCUAAAGCUGCUGCAGCAAAGGCCUUCCCUUGGGAGGAGGAACCGAUCCCAACUUUGCGCCCCCGCAGGAGACUUGAAGAGCUCAGUGCCCAGCAGCAGCAGCAGCAGCAGCAGCAGCAGCAGCAACAGCAGCAGCAGGUAGCCCCCACAGGAAGCACGUUUCCGUGGGAAGAUGAACCGAUCCCAACAGUGAAGGCUGGCCGCGGAACAGCGGCACCUACGGAUCAGAAGCAGCAGCAACAGCAGCAGCAGCAACAGCAGCAGCAGCAGCAAAGACAAACUGCAGCAGCUGCUCAACCCCGCCCAUUCCUCAGGAAAGGCUCUGGACUGGGAGGCGGCCAGUACGAGAAAGCUGCUGCUUACCCCACACGGCAACAACAGCAGUAA